AUGCACACCGUCGCCAUCUAUUCCUACGAGGAUAGGAUGUCUGCUCACAGACAAAAGGUAUGCUCUCGUAUUUCUCUCUAUCGCACUCACACUGAUAUCUUCUCUCUCCAGGCAGAUGAAGCGUACCAGGUCGGCAAAGGACUUACUCCAGUGGCAGCCUAUCUCGCUCAAGAUAACAUCAUCUCGAUCGCACUCGAGCACGGCGUGGACAUGAUUCACCCGGGAUAUGGCUUCUUAUCUGAAAACGCUGAAUUCGCCAGAAAAGUCGAACAGGCCGGCCUUGCCUUCGUCGGACCGUCUCCGGAAGUUAUCGAUGCCCUGGGAGACAAGACAAAAGCCCGCACGAUCGCUAUGAAAGUCGGUGUACCUGUCGUACCCGGCACUCCUGGACCCGUGGCUUCUUAUCAGGAGGCCGCUUCGUUUAUUGAAGAACAUGGCUUCCCGGUCAUUAUCAAAGCAGCCAUGGGUGGCGGUGGCAGGGGUAUGCGUGUCGUCAGAGAACAAGGUGAUUUCCAGGACGCGUUUUCUAGGGCUACGAGUGAGGCAAAAUCGGCAUUUGGAGAUGGCACCGUCUUUAUCGAACGCUUCCUCGACCGACCGAGACAUAUUGAAGUCCAGAUUCUUGCUGAUGGUCAGGGCAACUAUGUGCAUCUCUUUGAGCGUGAUUGUUCCGUCCAGAGGAGACACCAAAAGGUCGUCGAAGUCGCACCAGCCACGCAUCUUCCCGAUGACGUCCGACAAGCCAUUCUUGCGGAUGCACUAAAGCUCGCUGAAAGUGUCCAAUAUCGUAAUGCCGGUACUGCAGAAUUCCUUGUCGAUCAAAUGGGUCGCCACUAUUUCAUCGAAAUCAAUCCCCGUAUUCAAGUCGAACACACCAUUACAGAGGAAAUUACGGGUAUUGAUAUCGUCGCUGCUCAGAUCCAAAUUGCCGCUGGUGCCACUCUACCUCAACUUGGACUCACCCAGGAGAACAUUACCAAACGUGGCUUUGCGAUCCAAUGCCGAGUGACGACAGAAAAUGCUGCUGCCAGCUUCCAACCGGAUACGGGUAAAAUUGAGGUCUAUCGUAGCGCUGGUGGAAAUGGUCCCCACUAUGACAGCUUGCUCGUCAAGGUCACUGUUUCUGGCACGACAUACGAGGUGGCACGCAGAAAAAUGCUUCGAGCUUUGGUAGAGUUUAGGAUUCGAGGUGUUAAGACUCUUGACCCACGACGUGUUCAUCGGUGGAAAGACAUGGACUACAGUGAGUGCAAAGAGAUUCACUCUGUAUAUCACUCUAACUCCUUCAUUCAGUUCAUCGACGACACUCCAGAUCUCUUCAAGUUGGUCCAGACUCAGAACCGCGCCCAGAAACUGCUAGCAUAUCUCGGUGAUCUUGCCGUGAAUGGAAGUUCUAUCAAGGGUCUCAAGAUCGACAUCGUCGUUCCACAACUCCAGGACCGCAACGAUCCCGACAAUGGACCACCACUCGACUGCAGCCAGCCAUGCGAAGUUGGUUGGCGUAACAUCAUCGUCAAGCAAGGUCCCGAAGCAUUCGCCCAAGCUGUCCGACAAUAUCCAGGUACCCUCAUUAUGGACACGACAUGGCGUGAUGCACACCAGUCCCUACUUGCGACCAGGCUGCGCACGAUCGAUAUGGUCAAUAUCGCGAGGGAGACUAGCUAUGCUUUGGCGAAUGCUUACUCGCUUGAAUGCUGGGGUGGUGCGACCUUUGACGUUGCAAUGAGAUUCUUGUAUGAAGAUCCUUGGGAACGCCUGAUGAAACUGGGUAUCGAUGCGGCAAAGAAGGCGGGAGGUGUUUGUGAGGCUGUCGUCUGUUACAGCGGUGACGUAGCAGAUUCUAAGAAGACCAAAUAUACGCUGGACUACUAUAUGAACUUUGUCGAUGAGCUGGUGGCGGAAGGCAUUCAUGUUCUCGGUAUCAAGGAUAUGGCGGGUCUCUUGAAACCAAUGGCUGCGACUCUGUUGAUCGGUGCUAUUCGCAAGAAGUACCCAGAUCUUCCGAUUCAUGUUCACUCCCAUGAUACCGCCGGUAUUGCCGCAGCGACAAUGAUCGCGGCGGCUGUAGCAGGAGCUGAUGUGGUGGAUGUAGCUAUCGACAUUUGCAUGGCCUUGGAACAGACUACUCUCGGAACUGGUAUCCGCUAUGCAGAUAUUCAAGCUCUCAACCUCUACUGGAGCCAAGUCAGGCAACUCUACAGCUGCUUCGAAGCCAAUGUUCGCGCCUCGGACUCUAGUGUCUUCGACCACGAGAUGCCCGGCGGUCAAUAUACCAACUUGAUGUUCCAAGCAUCACAGCUGGGCCUAGGAACCCAAUGGUCUGAGAUCAAGAAGAAAUACAUUGAAGCCAACCAGCUGUGUGGAGACAUCAUCAAGGUCACCCCAUCCUCCAAAGUCGUCGGUGACUUUGCACAGUGGAUGACCUCGAAUGGCUUGUCGGCGGAGCAAGUCAAAGAGCAAGCAGAGCACCUCGAUUUCCCUUCCUCUGUUGUCGAAUUCUUCCAAGGUUACCUAGGUCAACCAUAUGGUGGAUUCCCAGAGCCUCUCCGAACGCACAUCAUCCGCAACAAACCAAGAAUCGACGGAAGACCGGGUGCCUCUCUACCUCCUAUGGACUUUAAGAAGAUCAAAGCAGAUCUCAGGGCCAAGUUUGGCAAGCAUAUUACCGACUGCGAUGUCAUGUCCUAUGCCAUGUAUCCCAAAGUAUUCGAAGAAUAUCAAGGCUUCGUGGAGAAAUAUGGUGACUUGAGGCCUGAUAUCAGCGAAGAAAUGCAUAUUUCCAUCGAAAAGGGAAAGAUGUUGAUCAUUCGUCUCAUGGCUAUUGGCUCUGUCACUGAAGGCAAAGGAACGCGUGACGUCUGGUUCGAAGUGAACGGAUCUGUCGGUGCCCCAAUGUCUGGUGUAGUCGUCGAAGUACGAGUGAAGGAAGGCCAAGAAGUGAAGAAAGGCGACAUUCUCUGUAUCCAGAGCGCGAUGAAGAUGGAGAGUGCAGUUUCUGCACCCGUCUCUGGUCACGUCAAGCGCGUUGUGGUCCACGAAGGAGAUUCGCUCAAUCAAGGAGACCUGGUUGUAGAAAUUGUGCAUUAA